GUUGGCAACUUUAUUUUUAAGAGUUCACAGGGUUCGGAUCAGGAGCACGACAAACUCUUUUUUUUCAGCUAAGGUAGUAAAAUAAUGCCAUCCGAACCAAUUUAGAACAAAUGUAAAAGUUAGGUAGUUACUACUUAAUUACUUUCAACUUAUUUUAUUUUCAGAUAGAAUAGAAUUUUUUUAUCACGAAUAAUCAAUUAUGAAAACUUAUUGUCAUAUAAUUUUUUCAUUUCUAAUUGUAUCUGCCACGUUUUCCGCUAUACCAAAACCUCAUAGAGAAUUAAAUAAAAUUUUAGAAAAGAAACUGAGUGAUAUUGAUCAUGGAGCUGGUGAACUUCACAAUUCCGAGUUCGAUCAUGAAGCUUUCUUAGGAAGGAAUGAGGCUAAAGACUUUGAAAAUUUAUCACCAACAGAAAGCAAAGAAAAACUGGGGAAAAUUUAUGAUAAAAUCGAUAAGGAUGGUGAUGGCUUUGUUACUGAACGAGAACUACGUACUUGGAUACAAUACGUACAAACUCGAUAUACCUCCACAGACACUGAUAACCAUUGGAAAGACUUUAAAAACGAUUUACAAGAUAAUUUGUUAAACUUUGAAAGUUAUAAAAGAAUAACUUACGGACCAGGUAGCGAAACUGAAGAAGAUGAUGAAAGUGUCAAAAAUCUUAUUAAAAGAGAUGAAAGAAGGUGGAAUAAGGCUGAUUUAAAUAAUGAUAGUUUGUUAAGUAGAGAAGAAUUUGUGUACUUUCUACAUCCGGAAGACGCAGAAUAUAUGAGAGAUGUUGUUGUUGAUGAAACUAUUGAGGACAUUGAUAGAAAUGGUGAUGGUAAAAUAGAUAUUGAAGAGUUUAUAAGAGAUUUAUGGCGUGAAGAGGACGAAGAAGGGGAUGGAAGUGAACCAUCGUGGAUUAAGGAAGAAAGGGAUCAGUUUAUAAAUUAUAGAGAUAAGAAUAAAGACGGUUUUAUGGAUCGUGACGAAGUAAAAGAUUGGAUAAUACCUGAAGAUUACGAUCAUUCUGAUUCAGAAGCCAAACAUUUAAUUCAAGAAGCGGAUAUUAGUAAGGACGGGAAAUUAACCAAAGACGAAGUGUUAGAAAAGUACGACCUAUUUGUUGGAAGUCAAGCAACUGACUUUGGAGAAGCAUUAGGAAGACACGAUGAGUUUUAAGCAUAUCUUUCAUUUCCCUUACGUUUUGUCUUGUUUGCUUCUUUUUUUACUUCAAUAUUUAAGAACAAUCUUUGACUUAGUUUUUCCCGCCGAUUUCUCUAAAUUAUACAAACUGAAUGAAUUUUUGGUAGAAUAGGUAAAAAAAAUAACAGAGAAAAGAGCAAACAAAAAAACUAUGUUGGUGCUUUUAGUUUCAACGAAGAAGAAACUUGAAAAAAAUUGAAGUUUCUCCUUAUCAGUAUUAGUAUAUUUUUUAUAAAUACAUUGAAUAUUAACUAAAAAUAUCAAAAUAUUCUAAAUUUCUUCUCAUUUUAAGAUGAAAAUAAUUGCGAUUGUUAUUCCCAUUCGCAAAAAAACAC